AGGAGUGUUACUGGAAUGUUCCGAGGCAGCGUAUAAAAGCCUUAGGUCUUGUUCACUGGGACAGAAGCACAGAAGAACUUCGACCAGCUCAACGCAGCACUGAAAAUCCACCAAAGAUGCUCUGCCCAAGCACAUUUCAGCCUCACCUCAGCCCAUUCGCGGACUUCCACUGGCCAGUGCGCAGCCUGUGGCCAGAGACCAGACCUCUGUUCUUUCAGAUCGAGAAAGAAAUGAUGAGACACAUGCAGGAGAUGAGGCACAACCUGGAGUUCAUGGAACGUCUGCACCAGAGGAUUUUCGACGAGAUCGACCACGUUUCACCUAUGACGGCUUUCAAACCCAUCUCAUUCCAGCUCGGGAAAGAAGGAAGCCGGUAUGCGCUGACGCUAGAUACAAAGGAUUUCACUCCGGAGGAGCUGUCUGUCAAACAAGUGGGCAGGAAGUUGCGGGUGAGCGGCAAGACAGAGAAGAAGCAGGACGAUGGGAAAGGAUCGUUCUCGUACAGAUGCCAAGAGUUCAGACAGGAGUUUGACCUUCCUGAAGGGGUGAAUCCUGAGAUGGUGACCUGCUCUUUAGAUAAUGGCCAGCUACAGAUACAAGCACCCAAAGAAGCCGGUGCUGUGAGCAACGAGAGAGUGAUUCCCAUUACAUAUACUCCUGCUGUGAAAAGUUCUGGUCCUCAGAGCCCUCAACCUGAGAGCCAAGCAGCUGAGCCAGAGGCUACAGAUAACUGAACUUUGCCUCUAUCAAUACAAUUAAACCCCCAUUGGAACAAAUGACUCUAUGGAACAUUCAUAUUUGGAUUGAACUUGCAAAAUUGUAAAAUAAUAAAAUUUGUCAGAGAUGAUUAUUGGUCCUACAUUUUGUGGAAUUGUAUUAACAUUUUGUUCAUUUGAUUUGUGAAUCAUAUUUUUCAAUAUUUGCUUUUGUUCAAUUUUAUCACAGUUCUCGACAAAAAUAUAAUUUUGUGUAUAUAUCCAAUGAAUUAAAUAAAGGCCAUGUUUAUGUAAUUUGCCAGAUUUGCACAAAAUUACUAUUCAAUUGGUAACUGUAUUUGUAUUUAUUUAUUCACUAACUGAUUUAAUAAAUUAAUCUCCUUUUU